AGCCCAUUUAUUACUGAACCUUUCCUUGAUCUAGUUGCUGACUAUACAUUAUGACCUCGCUGCAAUAAAUAGCUUACGUCACAGUAGGGAAAACUAUUGAAGCAAAUUUAGCCAUGCUAGGCAGGUCGAUAUGGUCUCUGCAUAUAGUAGACACAGUAGCGAGAACUAUUGAAGCAUAUUCAGCCAGCAAGACAGAUCAAUAGGGACUCUGCAUAUAUUAUAGAAUUUUAAGUUGAAAAGAACAGACGGCCUGUUAAGUCCAGGAUACAGUCCCAUUGAAGUGGUUAUCUAAAGGCUGAAAAAACAGUUUGUCCUACAAAUUUGUUGUAUGUAGGCUACUCCGAAUACAAACUAUACUGACUCCAUUGGAUUCAAAUAAAAGAACACUUAUUACAGGUGAAGAGCUCAAGAUGGGUAACUCCCACGGCAACAGAGUAAAUGACUGCAAGGCGAGAGAAAAGUCUCUUCAGAAAUUAGAAGAAAAUGCCUUCAAAUGUGACGAAAGCGAAGACGCAUCGCAGAGGUCACCAUCUUCGUUGGGCCAGGUUGACAAAGAGGCUAGAUUAGUGAAAAUUGAGGACUAUGAGUUUCCGUUUGAGAACCUGAUAUUCGAGGGCGGUGGAAACAAAUCUUUGGCUUACAUUGGCAGCGUUAAGUGUCUAGAAGACAUCGGUAUGAUGUCACAAAUAAAAAGAGUAGCAGGAUGCAGUUCAGGGGCGAUAACUGCAGUUAAUAUUGCUCUUGGCUACACCACUACAGAAGCUGAAGCUUUUCUUUCUGAAAACAUGGAAGAUGUUAUUUUAGAUCAUUCUUGUGGCUAUCUCAGCUUGCUGCCUAAUCUAAUCAAACGGUUUGGCUGGAACCCGGGCAAAGCCAUCUACAAUUGGUUUGGAGACAGGAUACAGGCCAAAUCCGCUAAACGAAACCCGGACAUGACGUUUCUUGAUUUAUACAAAGAGAAAAAUGUGGAACUAUGUAUUGUGGUGACCAACGUGAACCAGAUGAGGACAGAGUAUUGUCAUAUCAAGACUACCCCAGACAUGCCAAUUAGGGAAGCUCUGCGCAUGUCCAUUGGUGUGCCAGGACUGUUUGCUGCUGCAGUCCACCAAAACAAGUGUGACACAGACCUCUAUGUUGACGGCGGUGUACUUUGCAAUUACCCGCUUCACUGUUUCGAUGGUUGGUAUCUCUCAAUGUCUCCUGAUGAUACCUUCUUACAAAAGAUGGCGCCAUUGAACAAUCUUCGCCAACUGAUGUUUGAAAGAUUUAAGGAAACAAAUUUGAAAAGUUUAGGUUUCAAACUGUACGAUGACCAGGAGUCAGACCUCUUACGGUUUGAAUUAGAACAACGGGUAGGCUCCCAUGAUCCGCCUGCACCAUCCAAAAAGACCAAGCUUUAUGAGACAAGAGAAAAGAAACGAAAGAUGGCUACUCAUGCGGAAAGAGAACAUGGCCGAACAGUUGCAGCCAGUGACGCUUUCAUCAAUGCCUUGAAAAGAUACAAUCUUACAGAUAAAGAGUUUAUCACUAAAGAUGAAUUGACCAAAGCAUUGCAGGAUAAACAACUUUUUCCUGAUGAAUAUUCAAAUUUGUUGUUCGGACCAAAUAUUAGCUUGGACAAAGCCUUCAGAAUAAUUGACGAGGACGGCAGUGGAAAGAUUGCCUUUAGAGAACUUAUACAGUUCAUCGAAGCUCAUGGUAUCAGGAUGCAGGAGAGAUUCCAGGGAUAUAGCAGAGCAGAUGUGGAGAAUGUGGGCCAGUUUUUCUUAACGCUAGGAAAUACUAUACUGACCAAUAUGCCCUCUGCCCAUCUCAAGAAAGGUGACGAAGACCGCACAGUUGGGGUGAACACUGGAUAUGUCUUUAGUUCGGACUACACCCUGGAAGAUGCUGACAGAGAGUUCUUAAUACAACGAGGCUACAAUGCUACCAAAGCUUUCCUACAGUACUACGUAGUGAAAAAUCCCCAAACAAAGAGAAAACAAAAUGUCUAUCCUUCAGUCAAGUAAGCAACAGCCAUUGAAGUACAAAAUGCAUCCGAGUAUUUGGGGGCUACAAGGAGGACUGCACAGUGACAAAAUACACCCACCUGUUGAUAACACCCA